UAGACCAAUUGUUUUUAAUAUAUUUCUAUGUUUAAAUAUGAAAUUUUUGCAACUUAAUCAGAAUAAAUUUGUUUCGAGUAAUCCAUAGGUGGUAUUGAAUAUAUUUAGAGUGUCUUAUCAAUUGACGUAAAUUUUCACUAUUGUGUUGGCCUAGUUCAGUGGUGGUGGUGUCUGGGGGCGCACGGUGAGAUUUUCGGCUCCGUCUAAUUUUGGAAUUCAUCCCAAAAAUGUUUCCCUCUGUUCGAGAUAUUUGCAGAACUUCAGAAUAUAAAGCCCCCAUCAGAUAUGAGGAUUGUCAAGAACUCAUUCCAGGACGUACUAUAGCUGCUGCUGCAAUUCAGCCCGGUGAAUCUUGUGAAUAUGCAUCUGAUAAGUAUUUUCUUUUAUGCGGAUUAGGAGGUAUUUUAUCAUGUGGUAUAACUCAUACAAUGGUUGUACCACUUGAUUUAGUAAAAUGUCGUCUUCAAGUUGAUCCAAAUAAAUAUAAAAAUCUGUUUAAUGGUUUUAGAGUAACAGUUCAAGAAGAAGGUAUGACUGCAUUUUUUAAGUCCUUGGUUCCUCUUUGGUGUCGGCAGAUCCCUUACACAAUGAUGAAAUUUGCUUGUUUUGAGAGGACCUUAGAACUCUUGUACAAAUAUGUAGUUCCAAAACCAAGGUCUGAGUGCACCAAAGGAGAGCAGUUAGUAGUGACAUUCGCCGCUGGUUAUAUUGCUGGUGUAUUUUGUGCCAUUGUUUCACAUCCUGCAGACACACUUGUAUCCAAAUUAAAUCAGGAAAAAGGGUCGACAGCCAUUGAUGUUGCCAAAAAAAUUGGUUUGAUGGGAAUGUGGAAAGGUUUAGGACCUCGUAUUAUUAUGAUUGGUACACUAACAGCUGCUCAAUGGUUUAUUUAUGACUUUGUAAAAGUAACACUAGGAAUUCCACGACCACCACCACCUGAAAUGCCGGAAUCACUCAAAAAGAAGCUUGGUGUUCACUGAAAAAUAAUAAAUAAAAAAUGAAAUGAACAAAUUAGUACGAACAAUUUAGGUGUACAUACUUUCAUAAGAUUUUAAUUGUUAUUUAUGCUUUUAUUUAUUUGACUAUAAAUAGGUAAAUAUAUCAUUCCUGUAUUGAAAACAAAUUUGAUAUGUAUGCUUAUUUUAUGGGAUUCUAAGUCAUUUUAUCUGGUCAAUUUAUUGUUACUGAUGUUUUGCCAAAGAGUGAAGUUAUUUUUGUUGUUCAUAUAAAUAAAGAAUAUGAAAAAAAAAUUGUUUUUAUUUUAUUCCUGAUCUAUAUAUUUUUUAUGACUUCUUUCUUCACAUAAGUUUUUGUUUGGAUCAUAGUUCUUAUGAUUUUUACUAGUUUUAAUAAGUUUCAAAGUUUAAUUUAACUUUUAGACUCCAAGAUUGUUUGAGCAGACUGCCUUAUUCUAUUUAUAGCUGGGAUUAUAUCCAAGACCUAGCCUUGCCCUAUUAACCUUGGUUUGGCUCUGACCUGAUAAGAUAGUGAUAUUACUCAAUAAAUUAAAGGAAAAAAUACUUUUGCAGCCUUUAUUAAUGUAGCAACAAUUAUCUGGUGGGUUUUAGAUAAAAGUUUGAAUUCACAUUAAUAUCACUGUUUGAAAACGCUUGAUAAGCAUUAUCGUGAUUUUACACUGAUUGUAAAAACUUGGUAGGGUAAAAACCGUGGUAAUAACCUAAUAGAGAAUGGGUGGACUUUUUUGGAAAUUAUAAAUGAACCGCCAAUGACCAUCAUAACAGGAGGGAAGGAGAUAUGACAGCUGUUAGCUUUUUUUGGGUUACAGUUUAUAUGGAAUCGUAGUGAAUAUAAUGUUCAUUUAUCUUGGUUUAUCUUCUAAAUUUAUUCGAUGAGCUAAACGAUAAUAAUAAUUUUAAAUUUUAAUUAAUACUCCUAAAAUGUGAGUAACGUGUAUGUCCUACAAUGAUGUUGCCUUUUCUUUUGUAAUGGUAGUAGUUCGAAUUGAGCAUAUUAAUAAAUACUAUUUUCCAAUACAUCAUUUUGGAAAAUUCAUAACGAUAUGUAAAUAAUUAUUUUGAUAGAAGUAUUUGUUAUGAAGGCUGGGAUCAUGACAAAUUUUGUUUUGUUACUGUAUAGGUUAAACUAGGAGUAGGUUAUAUGAUCUGUUGACUCAACAGUUCUAAUUCUAUGCAUUUUCCUAAUAGUAUAGUAAACUGCCUUCUCCACCAAAGAAGAUAGUGACAGAAGAAAACUGAAUAAUUAUGAAAGUUACUGUUACAACAUUGGCCGACGAAAUUUUCGUCUUAGAUGUAAGCGAAGAUUUAGAACUAGAAAACUUCAAGAUAUUUUGUGAAAUAGAAUCUGGUUUUACAGCAGGGGAUAUCCUCAUCGUUCAUGAGGGUAAACCCCUUUUAGAUAAUAAAUUGUCAAUGAAAAGACAUGGAAUCAAGGAUGGUGAUGUUGUUAUACUUCAACACAUGGGACAGGGGGGACCUAGCACAAGUAUUCAUGGAGGGGGUGGAGGAAUCAAUUUUGACUUCAGUGGAAUUGAAGUGCCAUCUUCAGCCCGUCUCGGCAUUACUGUUGGACCAGCAGAUGAUCCGGCUCAUGUCAGAGAUCUAUUUUUAGCCAAUCCUGAUCAACUUGCGUUGUUGAAACAAAAUAAUCCACGUUUAGCAGAUGCUUUAGAAAGUGGAAGAUUAGAGGAAUUUGCUAAAGUUUUGAAAGAACAAAUGGUUGAAAGAGAAAGAAGACAAGCGCAAAGAUUAAGAAUGAUGCAGGCUCAUCCAUUUGAUGUUGAGGCUCAAAGAUUAAUAGCUGAAGAAAUUAAACAAAAGAAUAUUGAAGCUAAUAUGGAAGCUGCUAUGGAAUACAACCCAGAAACAUUUGGUACAGUAGUAAUGUUGUACAUCAAUUGCCAAGUCAAUGGCUAUCCCGUGAAGGCUUUUAUAGAUUCAGGUGCUCAAACCACAAUUAUGUCUGCUGCCUGUGCUGAAAGGGUUAAUAUAAUGAGAUUGGUUGACACAAGGUGGGCUGGAAUAGCUAAAGGUGUUGGUGUACAGAGGAUAAUCGGAAGGAUACAUAUGGUGCAAGUGGCUAUAGAAAAUGAUUUUUUAACAACUUCAUUUUCUGUCUUAGAAGAACAGCCCAUGGAUAUGUUGCUUGGCUUAGAUAUGCUUCGAAGGCAUCAGUGCUGCAUUGAUUUGAAAAAGAAUGUCUUAAGGAUUGGAACAACUGGCACUGAAACAAGAUUUCUCUCAGAAAGAGAACUUCCAGAUUGUGCGCGGCUUACACAUCCAAAUGAGGAUGGUAGGAAAGUUCCGGUUAGCAGCGGUAGUAGUAGCCUGGAACUUGAACAUACUUUAAAUAUACUUCCACAAGACAAAUUUUCUGAAGAUGAAGUGAAAGAGCUUGUUAAUCUAGGAUUCACCAGAGAACAGGCUAUAGCGGAAUUAAGGAUGUUCAACGGUGACAAAAAUAAAGCAAUGGCUGCACUAUUUGCGAAGUCUCUGAAGUUUUAAAUUUUUUUUAUUUCUGCCUUUUUUAAAUGUUACCUCUGUUGUUGGCAUUUAUACAAUUUUUUUUUAAAGAGGAGGAAAUAUUAUAAUCAAGUCUGCUUUUCAAAGAAAAAUAGCUGAUCAAGUCAGCUGAAUUUAAAUGUAUGUUCAAAGUGACAAACAAUCUUAACUGAACUGUUAGAUGUCAUUAAUUUUUAAUUUUUUAAUUAUAGGUUUCAUAUAAAUCUAUGAUCUAUGAUGUAUUCAUAAAAUUUAGAUGAUUUCAAUUUAUUUUAAAUAAAUAUGUAUUUUAUGUAUGACUUUUUAUUAAUUUUUAAUUUGAUCAUUAAACUAAAGUUUUUAUUUUAAUUUAGCUUUAGUGUUGAAAACAAUUAGCUCCAUUAUUAAUAAUUAAUAAAAUCAUUGACAAUACAUUGAAAUUAAUUUAAGUGAAAGGAAGUGUGCUUAAUUAAAUUAAAAAUUCUGCUUAUAAAAUAUAUCAUUCUUCACUUUAUUCUUCUUCCAUUGGCUUGAUAAAACAUUAUUGGUCUCUGGCUUCCAUUAAUUACUCACACCAGUCUCCAUUCCAUUUGACAACAGCUCUCUGAUCUCUGAACUCCAGGAAUCCUCCGUUACGCCAUCCAUCCACCUAAGACGUGGAUCCUCUCCUAAGUGUGAUGUUAUGAAUAGCAUCAUUUACUAUUUUUCUGGUAAUCUCAUCCUCUUAUACCGAACCACAUGUCCAGCCCACCUUGAUCUUCCCAACUUUAUAUGCUUCACUAUAUCAAGUUCAGAGGAGAUUAUAUUUUUCUAUUUCACACCUUGUGAGGCAUAUUUGACUGAAUCUCAUAGUAAUAUUGUUUAACAAUUACUUCUCUCUUCUCAAUUGCCUUGAAGAUGUCAUAGCAAUUGUCAAAGACCCCAGGUAGACGAAUUGAACCAAACUGAACAGCAUGAAUCAAACUUGGGGUCAUAUACUUCAUGGUCAUGUAAUGUUGCUUUGCGAGCAAAUAAGGCACCACAUCACAGACACAGUCUUGGAUUUUCAGAUGUCUAAAUCAUCUGCCUGACCAAGGUUUUGAACUAUUUUUUUAAUCAUUAUCAAUGCCACAUUGCAUACCUUGAUGAAAAAAUAAAAUAAAAAUAUAUUUAAUAAGUUAAAAAAAAAAUAUAUAUAUAUAUAUUUAAAAGUUAAAAAUAUAUAUAUAUAAUUUUUUAACUCCAUUUUGUCUCUUUUUCUGAUGACAGUCUAAUCUUGUAUUUUAGUCUUAGCAUUUUAGAGGUAAAAGUAAAUAAUAUUUUAAUGAAAUGAUGGUCAUUUGGGUUUUCCAAAGUUGUUAACAAAUUUAUAUUUGCCGUUCUCCCUGCAAAGUGGUCAACUUUUGUAAAAUCAUUUUUUUGAACAAAAUAUUGUUUUCAAGUUAUCCAGCACGUGAUUAAUGGUUAAUUGGGAAACUCCAAGCUCCUGAGUCCUAAAGAGCUUCCUCAUCGGAUAAUAACGUUUGUCCAUAACCUCUUUUCUCUCAAGGCUGAUAUCACCAGGUUUAAAUUUCUGUAACUAUCUACUCACAGUCUGUUCAGGUUGAGCAUCCACUUCAAAUUGACACACCGAAUGGUUUUCUUCUGUAGCAGAAAAUAUGCUUUCAAUAAUGGUGUAAUAUUACGACUAUUACACAUUUUGAUGUCAUCUUUAACCAAUUAAGAUCAUUUUGUUUUCAGAUUCAUUUAAUGUAGUCUAAUGACUUGAGAGAUAUCAACUUUCAUUGGACAUGAAAAACAAAUAGAGCCAAUUAGUGGUUUACAGUUUCCUGGAAAACAAAAAACUCCAUAUUUUAUGGCUCACCCUGUUGUGCGUGACCAAACUCCCUCCUUAUAGUCAGUGUCUCCAACAUUUACCGUCAGACACCUAAAUAUCCAUUUAAAUGGUAAAAUAUAACCUUCAUUACCUAUCCUCCCUCCCACUUACAAGCUUUCUUCAACUGUUAAGCUUAAAAAUUAUUAAAUAAGAAACCACAAGAAGUUAAGUAGUAGACAAUUUACUUAUAUUUCAAAUGAGCUUCUUUAAUGUUUUGCGAGCUAUUCAUGAUUUUUAUGUUAUCUUAAAACUAUUCAUUGAUUGAAAAAUUUCCAUGAGAAUAUAUGCAAAGUUCUGUGAAAAGUAUGCGUUGUUUGCAUUAUACUACAGGAUGGAAUAAUUUCAAUUUUUUAUUUUUUUUGUUGGGAGUUUUAUUACCUUUCAUAUAAUUAAUCAUAAAAUGUGUAUUUUAAUUAUGCACAAUUAUAGUUUUGUUUUCAUCAUAAAGUUUUCCCUGCUUUUUUGCUUGAAGAAAAUUUAAAGAUCUUUCUUUAAACAAAUGACUAAGUAUAUUUCAUUAAAAUGUUGGCGCUAGCCAGUGGAAAACAGAUUAGGUUACAUAGAAAUAGGUCAAAACGCUACAAAAAAUAAAUAAAUAACAAAAUAUGACAACUGUUCAAUCUGUUAAAACUAUAUAAAUGAAUUUAACUGAUUACAAUACUUUCCUUACCUAAUUUUUGUUUCAGAAAAGUAAAAACAUAUGUUAUUUGUAAAUAAUAUUUUUUUUAAAUUUUACAUUAUUAAUAUAAAAUGGCAUUAACUAUAAUUUUUUAUCUAACCUCCCACUUCUUUUAAAACUUAUUUUGAACUUGGUUGUUGGUAAAUUUCAUAUAAAGCGAAAAUUAGUCUUUUGCAUGUGGUAAUGACUAUUUUCAGAUCGUUAUAAAAUUUGAUCAGAUCUUGUUCUGUCCAUUUUCCUGUGUUUAUCCAGCGAAAAAUAAAUGUAAUGUCAUGUAAUGUAAAUAAUAUUUGUGUUAAAAAUUGUUUAAUAUGUAUACUAUCAUCGAUAGAAAACUGGUGAAAAAUUUAAGUUUAUAUAAAUGAUUUCAAAGAUUCAUUAAAUGAAAAAUAAAACCAAAUAGUCUGAGUUUAUAAGUUAUUAUCAUUAUUUUAAUUCCAAACAAGAUCAUGUGAAACGUCUAAUGGAAGCCUCACGUUUCACUAAAAAUUUAAAAGUUUAUCAAUUUAUUAUAAUAUUCGUUAUUAUUUGUAGAUUCAGAAUGUACCAAUUAAAAGUAAAUUUAAUUGUUUCUUAACAGAUUGAUAUGUAAUGACAGUGGAAAACUUUGUACGAAAAUUCAGUCUCUGAUUAUGGGAAUCUUUAAAUAAUCAUAGUAUUACAAUUUAUUCUCGUGAAGAAGUAAAAUUAAGCUAGCAAUAAUCAGGAAAAAAAUUCAAAUAAGCGCACUGAUUUCUUUUGAAAUACUGCAUUUAAAUCAUUAGAUUUUGCCUUAAGUUUUUCUAGGAUUAAUUUUAUUCAUUUUUAUAUUUACUUUAAAAAUGGUUUUAAAGUGAUUGUAUUUUUUUGCUGUUAUAGGAAAAUAAUGUGUCUGUUUUUAAUUAAUUAAAUCAUUCAUUUAAUUUAAAUUAGUUAUGUAUAACAUUUUAAAUUUAAUAAAAAUUGCAACAAAAAUUAAUCUCAUUGUUUUUAUUUUAAAAACGUAUUUGAAUUUAAAUCCACAGAAUUGAUUUCUAUAAAAGUAAAUUAAGAUUUUUCAUUAUUAGAAGUUACUUUCGUAGAAGAUAAUACAGAUAACUGAUUUUUUUUUUUUUUUUUUAUGACAUCUAACAUUAGAAAUAUAAGACUUCUCCUAGUGCCUGUUUAAGGCACUAAAAGCAAUAACUUUUUAUACCUUGUAAAGUUCCAAUUUUUUGGAAUAACUUUUGUGAACAAUAAUAACUUUUUAUGCACAAGUUUCAUGCAAUUGCUGAUGUUUGUUUCUAAAUAAGGAAUACUUUGCUUUUUAAGAGGAUUAUUUUUAAUUAAUUGAAUGUAUAUAAUUGAUUAUUUUGAUAGAAUAUAACUUUCUAUAAACUAGUCAAGAUAGUUCAUUUAAUAAAUCCAAGAAAAUUGCUGACCUGUUGGGUGUAGUAUUUUUGUGAUUGAGAAAUCUAAUUAUUUAUCAUUUGAAUAAAAUAUUUCAAUUAUCAUUGAUUAUGAAUCAGUCAAAAUAAGAAUACUGUAUUCAAAUCACGAAGAGAGAAAAAAAUUACUAACAAAGAUUUACUAAAUUUUCAUAACUCAACAGGUUAUUGUAAUAAAAAUUAACUAAAAUAUAAAGCAACAUUUUUCUCAUUAAUUGUGUACAGAAAAAUGUGACAAGUGUUGCUGCUAAAAUUUGACUUUAGCUGUCCACUAAUUCCAUCCAAAUUGCAAGAAAUGAUUUUUUUUUUGUACAUGUUACACCUUUAAUUAUUAUUAAGCAAUUCUAGUUCACAAAAUAUUGAACAUUGGUAUAUUUAAUUUUGUUUCAUGAAUAUCUUUGGAAUCACCUCGAUGUAGAAUUGUAAAGUAAGAUCAAUGUAACAGUGAUGAGCGAUUCCUCAAUAAUUUUAAGGCAUUAAUUUAUAGUUUUAUAAACUCAUAUCAUAGCCCUUAAAAUUAUAUUCUUUGAUUUAUUUUUUUAAAUACAAGAACCCUGAUUAGAAGAUGUGUUGGUGAUCCAAAGAUUUUAUGCCUUUAAAUAAAAUCAAACAAAUCCUAAUGAGUUACUUUGUAUAUAGCUUAAGAUUUUAACUUACAUAUCAAAAUACAAUGCAAUUUUAAACAUUGUUUCUUUCAAUGAAAUUGAAGCUGUAUUGAAUUAAAUUUGUCAAGUUAUCUUUAUAGCUGUGUUCAUUCGUUGGGAGUGGUUGUAAUAUAAAACUUAAAUUAGGUUAUAAAAGUCACAUAUCUGCUAUGAUAGUUUUAAUGCAUUGUUGAGCUGAAAAUGUUUAGCUUAGAGGUUAAUUACACAACAUUGCCAUUUUGUGAUCAGCAAAUAUUAAUUUGUUUUGUUCUUACUCAUUUUCAAAUCAACCAUCAUUCGCUCAUUCUAUAUUUCAUCUCUGUGGUAAAGGAAUAUACAUGUUAUUCAUUACAAUAAAAGUGUCUAUAGAAACAGCCUUAUCGUGUUCUUUUGUGAUAAAGAAAUGUUCAAUCCCCAACUACCGUUGGGAUUACUUGGCCUUGUCUUAUUAUGUAAGAGAUUUUGAGAUGCAGAUUUUUUUUUUUUUUUUUUUGUUUGCUAAAAAUAAGAUUUGUGCAUCCAUAUUUUGUUGAAAAUGGUUAUUUUAAUGUUAUCAUUGUAAUUUAAACUCUUUAAGUUUCAUCAGUGUAAUAAUGUACUGUUGCUGGAUUACAGUAAUUUUUAAAAGUUUGUAUAGGUGAUUGUGUUUGUUUUAUACUGUAUUUUUUCAUCAGUGUAUUUGAUUUAAAUAAAUUUGUAAACCUGUCGACUAUAAAC